AUGACAUCGACUCCAAUCUCUUGCACAUCGGACUAUUACUCAAGCAGCGAUAUUGAUUACGAAGACAAUGAUUUCGAUUUUGAUGUUGUCAAAGCUGCUCCUUCAAAACAUUGUUCGAUCGAUGAAACCAACUUUACUAUUCGUAAUUUUGCUGAACAUCAUGAUGAUUUUCAAUCUUCGUCGAAGAUUUCUUCCACAAUCAAAGUUCAACAAUCAAUUCGAUUAUUCGAGCUGACAGAGAAAUUUCGUUUGAACAAGGAAGUUUUCAUUCGAGCGAAUGCAAUUCUUACCAAAUACCUUCUUGUCACAUCAACAGACGACAUCGAUGAAUCCAUUCUCGUCGCUUGUUUAUCAUUAUCAACAAAAUUAAGUCAACAUUCAAGUCCACGAACCUUCUGUGAUAACAUUCGCAUAUCGGAUGAAAAUACGAUAUGCAACACACUUGAUUGGGAUAUUGAUGCAACGACACCAAUCAAUUAUAUUGAAACAAUUCUUGUACAUAUAAUAGAUCCUUCGAUAAGACAUCAACUUCGUGAAAUAGCGAAUGAAUUGAUUGUACUCUGUUUAACCAAUGUUCGCUGUGUUGAUUUAUCGAAUAUAUCGUUGGGAAUUGGUUGUUUAUUAAUGGGAAGCGAACUUUUACAAUGUGGGGAGUUGAUUCCCAAAGAAAUCUUUGCUUUCGAUCAAGGAAAACAUGCUUUAUUCGAGACGUCAUUGAUUUACAUUCGUCAAGUUCUCAUACAAAUUCUCAACCGAUGA